AUGACUGAAACUAAAAGACAAAAGACUACAACAAUGAAUAAUACGGAAACUGCAAACACUUCAGAUGCUAGACCAAGUCAUAUUGGUAUUAAAGGUAUUGAAAUAUAUAUUCCUACACAAUACGUUUCUCAAGAUGAAUUAGAAACAUACGAUAAUGUUUCUAAGGGUAAAUAUACGAUUGGAUUAGGUCAAACUAACAUGUCGUUUGUGAAUGAUAGAGAAGAUAUUUAUUCUAUGUCAUUAACUGUGUUAUCUAAAUUAUUAAAAAAUUAUAAGCUUGAUACUUCAAACAUUGGUAGAUUAGAAGUCGGUACGGAGACAUUAAUUGAUAAAUCUAAAUCUGUUAAAUCUGUGUUAAUGCAAUUAUUUCCUGAUAAUAAUGGUGAUAUUGAAGGUAUUGAUACACUUAAUGCAUGUUAUGGUGGUACUAAUGCACUUUUCAAUUCUUUAAAUUGGAUUGAAUCCUCAUCAUGGGAUGGAAGAGAUGCAAUUGUUGUGUGUGGUGAUAUUGCAAUUUAUGAUAAAGGUGCUGCAAGACCUACAGGUGGUGCUGGUGUAGUGGCUAUGUGGAUUGGUCCAAAUGCUCCAAUUGUCUUUGAUUCUGUAAGAGGUUCAUAUAUGGAACAUGCUUAUGAUUUUUAUAAACCAGAUUUUACAAGUGAAUAUCCUUAUGUGGAUGGACAUUUUUCAUUGACUUGUUAUGUUAAGGCAUUAGAUCAAGUUUAUAAGAAUUAUUCUAGAAAGGCAAUCUCGAAGGGUGGAUUAGUGACCAAUCCAUUGAGUAAUGAAGCUUUGAAUGUAUUGGAAUAUUUUGAUUAUAAUGUUUUCCAUGUUCCAACAUGUAAAUUAGUUACCAAAUCAUAUGGUAGAUUAUUAUUUAAUGAUUUUAAGGCAAAUAAUAAAUUAUUUCCCGAUGUUGAUGUUAAAUUUGCAGAGGAAACGUAUGAAGAAUCAUUAACUGAUAAAUUAUUAGAGAAAACAUUUGUUAAUGUUGCUAAACCAUAUCAUAAGGAAAAAGUGGAACCAUCAUUAAUUGUUCCAACUAAUACUGGUAAUAUGUAUACAGCAUCAGUUUAUGCAUCCUUAUCAUCAUUAUUAUAUUAUAUUGGAUCUGAUAAAUUACAAAACAAGAGAAUUGGGUUAUUUUCAUAUGGUUCUGGGUUAGCUGCAUCAUUAUUUUCAUGUAAAGUUAUUGGUAAUAUUGAUCAUAUUAUACAAGUUUUAGAUCUUGAUAAUAAAUUAAAUGGGGAUAGAUUAAAAUGUUCACCGGGGGAAUUUGAAGAUGCAAUUAAAUUAAGAGAAGAUGCACAUUUGAAGAAAGAUUUUGAACCAAAGGGAUCUAUUGAUCAUUUACAAAAUGGUGUUUAUUAUUUGACAAAGAUUGAUGAUAGAUUUAGAAGAAGUUAUGCUGUCAAGGAAUAG